AAUUGUCAAAAUCCCACUUAUUUUUUUAAUGAUUUGAUUUUGAUUUUCUAGUUGAUGUUGAAGAUUAGCUUCUCAAAUUCGUUUGGCUGCUGCUGGUUCAUGUGUUUCUGAAGGAAUAAGCCAAAUCUUUAAGAUUCUUUUUACUGUUGCUGAAUGGGAAAUAAUAAUCAAAACAAGAGAAUAGCUGGAGUUUAUACAGCAAAAGUUUUUGAUUCUUUUGAGCAGUAGGUAUGGUCUAGUUGUUGCAGAGGAAAAGUUUGUGGGCCUGUGCUGUUAAAAGUUCAAACUGUUGUUUUCAAUAAGAACUUGUGGGUAACAGGGUUUUUUGUUUGCACUAGCAAUGCCAUUUUUGGAUGUUCUUCUUUUUAAUCACCAUAGAUUUCUGGGUUUUUCUCCUAUGUUUGGUUUAUUCAAUAUCUCUUUCACAUUUCACAAUCCAGAACCCUAAUUACCAUGGUUCACCGUCACAUUUAAUCUUUAGGGUUCUAUGGUUUCCAGAUAUUUCUCAUGGUCUAACUGAACUUAGCUGCCUUUUCAUUCAUCAAAAGUCUUUCAUGAUUUUUAUUGGAGAUGAUCUCUGGUUCAGCUCCCAUGGCUUCUUCUGCGUCUGUUUGUUUCUCCUCUUGUUUACCUCUGCAGCCUGACAUGUUCUGCCUUCCAUGCUUCUAGUCCCCCAUUAAAAACCAGUUUCAAGUGAUACAAGCAAAUGAGCUAUCAAGAUCCGUUUCUCGUGGAGUACUCUAGAAAAUCCUAAAUUUUUGUGGUGUGUUGAUAGGCAAGAAUAUACCUGGAGCAGUUUGGUAGAUUUCUUCUUCUGCUGCCUGAUAUUCUGGAAAUUGGGGUUCAAACAAGGCUAGAUGACUGUGGAUGAAGCAGACUGUAGCUCUGUGUGGACUAGAGAGCUGGAUAAGGCCUUUGAAAAUGCCCUUGCCACACAUCCUGAGGAUUCUUCAGAUCGGUGGGAGAAAAUUGCAGCUGAUGUACCUGGGAAAACCUUAGAAGAAAUAAAAGAGCAUUAUGAGCUUUUAGUGGAGGACAUUAACCAGAUUGAGGCUGGAUGUGUUCCCCUGCCUAACUAUACUUCUUCUUCUGAAGGUUCAAGGAGCCAUGCCGGCGAUGGAGGAACUGGUAAGAAGGGAGGCCAUUAUAACAGUGAAUCCAAUCAUGGAAGUAAGGGCUCAAGGUCAGAUCAGGAACGCCGUAAGGGGAUUGCUUGGACAGAGGAUGAGCACAGGUUGUUUCUCCUCGGUUUGGAUAAAUACGGAAAGGGUGAUUGGCGAAGCAUAUCUCGAAACUUUGUAGUGAGCAGAACACCUACGCAAGUGGCAAGCCAUGCACAAAAAUAUUUCAAUCGCUUGAACUCGAACAAAGAUAGAAGACGAUCGAGCAUUCAUGACAUUACUAGUGUUGGCAGUGGAGAUAUAUCAGCACCUCAAGGACCCAUCACUGGUCAAUCAAAUAGUACAGACCCAACGGGAAACCCAGGUGUUGGCAUGUAUGGUCCUCCGACCAUAGGGCAACCUAUAGGAGGACCCCUCGCUUCAGCAAUAGGCACUCCUGUGAAUCUAUCUUCCCAUGGACACAUGGCAUAUGGUGUUAGAGCUUCAAUGCCUGGAACUGUACCUGGAGCACCAAUGAACAUGGUCCUAUGACGUAUCCAAUGCCACGCACAACCGCUCAUUGGUAAUGCACUUUUAGCCGUUAAAUGUGCUAAUAGACAGUAUACCUUCAGCUUGUGCUCACAUUGGGUUAGUACUUUUCCAUGUCAUCCUGAAUAAGAUUAUGGUUUAGAAGCAACAAGAAGUCUCAUUUCAGGUGCCAUUUGUUCUCAAUCUCAAAUAAGCCAGUGGAAAAUAAGCUUCAUGCAUGCAUCUGUAUAGGCAAAUUUUCAGAAAUUUCAACAGCAUUUAUGGAUAGGGAGGCAGUCUGCUAUGUUUUUGGUCUUUGAGACAAUUUAACAUUAUGAGUUAAGAAAUUUAGUGCAAACUUUGUGAAGAGGCUUGAAUCUCCUCGAAGAGAGUGAGAUACUCGUAUCUCGGUUUACUACGGUCGAGCUUCCGUUUCAUUUUAAUGUAGAAAAUUGCCCAUUUGAAUCG